UCGCCCUGAAGAGAGUUGUUUAUUUGUGUUGGCUUGGAAUCCGGACUGCAUUGAUAUGAAGCCUGUGAUCAAAAAUAAAGAGUCUUUUCAGGGAUCUCCAGAAUCCAAAUCCACUAAUAAUGAUGUGGAAACUUUGCUUCUAAGUAAAACAGAAGAAUCAGCUGCUCUCUUUUGCAGACGGAUGAAAUAUCGAGUAAAAACUGAUGAAACAUCAGAUCAAAGUUCAUCAGAUACUGACACAGAAGAUGAACUUCUCUUCUCCACAUCUCCAACUCCUGGUAAAAAGUUUGUCUGUAAGCUGUGUGGUUCAGAGUUUACUUAUAAUUCAAAUAUGGUGCGUCACAUGCGAAUACACACAGGAGAAGCUCCGUAUGUCUGUGAAAUCUGUGGGAAAGGGUUCAAACGUCAAGAUUGGCUCAAACUGCACAGUACCGUCCAUACUGGUAUCAAACGCAAACGCAAGAAGACAUUCAGCUGUGAUCAGUGUGAGAAGAAGUUUAAUGGUUCCACUGCUCUCCAAAGCCAUUUAAAUAAACACAGAGGCGAGAGGCCGUUCCCCUGCGCUCAGUGUGAUAAAAGCUUCUUCAGUCAUUCUGAUCUGUAUCGACACAUCAAUGACUGUCAUUCAGAAAAAAAGCACAGCUGCUCUUUGUGUGGAAAUGGAUUCACACGCCGCACUUCAUUGCAGAAACACAUGCGGAUCCACACAGGAGAGAGACCUUACUCCUGUCCACACUGUGGAAAGACUUUCCCCUAUAAAUACAGCUUUGAAAUGCAUCUUAAACUACACUCAGCCUGAAGUUGAUGUAAUGCACAGUAUUUUACACCGAAUGUGUUCCUGUUUAUUUUGCCACCUCAAUAAUAUCAUUAAUUUCUGGUUGUUA